UUCAAUUUGCAUUCUUGGCUCUUCACUUUUCAUGAACUUUUGGGCAGGAACUUUACUGGCAGGAGUGAUAGAUUCAAGGAGUGCAAGCUAUUUAGCUUAACAGAGAGAAAGUUAAGGGGUAAUUUGAUCAGUCUGUAAGCGCCUACGUAGGGAACAAAUAUUUGAAAAUGGGCUCUUCAGUGUAUAAGACAAAGGCAGAACAAGAUCCAGUGGCUAGAAACUGAAGUCAGACAAAUUCAGACUGAAAAUAAAACAAAUCGAAAAGCCAGAGGGUGAUGUCAUCAAUAUCAUUUACCCUGAAAACUGCAUCAAAUUAUUUUGACUACUUCUUUGAAACUGUGCCUAAAGAAAACAUACAGCUGGGAGAUAUCAUCUUUUUUCGUAUGGAAACCUCCCUACAGCCUAGAAGCUGCAAGCACGUUGGUGUUUACUGUGGAAAGAAGCGAGUUGUACACUUUGACGGAAUCACCCACAUACACGGAAUCGAUGCUAUGGAAAGAACCAGGGGGAAAUAUCAGAUUUUGAGACUUAAACGAAGAAUCAAUGAAGACGCUUUCCUGAAGAAGGUAGAUGACAUGCUGAAUGCUGAGGCAACAUACCACUGUGUCAAAAACAACUGCAUCCAUUUUGUACUUUCCCUUUUGGAUAUGGAAGAGUUUUACCAUGAAAUAGUAGAAGAUGGCAAUGGAAAUGAUGCAGGAGAACAGGUGCCCCUGAACAUGACAGGACAAGUGGAUCAGAAUGAGUGCAACAGAGCCAGACAAUUUCAGAAUAACCUGCCACAGAGAGAAAUUCCCUUACGCAAUUUUUCAUAAGGACAUAAAAAAUAAUGUUUGGUAGGAUAUAGAUAUUCAGGCCUGUCUGUAAAUGCAUAUGCUUUAAGAAUUUACAUAUAUGUUUAUCAUUUAGCUAGUUAUAGAGGUGUAUAAUCUGAGGCCUGGUUCUUUGGCUAAACAGCAGAGGCAGCCAUAAGCUGGGAAGCAACCGGUCACAUCCUCACAUUCCAAACCAGUCACAUUGAAAUAAGGUGCUACUGGGCUGUUAGGAAUACAAUCCUGCCCUGAUAAUGCCUAUCACCACCAGAUAAAGAUAGUUAAAGAAAACUUAAUUUGAUAGCAUCCUGUCUGGCAAGAAAUCGUUUCUCAAUAGUUGAGGUUGUGAAACCCUCAUUUCUGUAUGUUUUAUCUUUAUGGCCCCCACUUUUCUAUUGUUAAUCUGUCUGGUUCUCUAAUUGUUUCUGUCUGCUGUAUAAUUAAUUUUGCUAGGUGUAAGUUAAUUAGGGUAGUGGGAUAUAAUUGUUUAGAAAAUUAUGUCACAAUAUGAUAGGAUUGGUUAGAUAGAUUGCAGUAAAAUGAUUGGUUAAGGUAUAGCUGAGAAUAUUAGUAUAUAAAUUAGGGGCAAACAGGAAGUAAGUUGGGAUUUGAAAAUAAGGAAAAAGGAACUUGGAUUUAAGCUUGCUGGAAGUUCAUCCCAAUAAACAUCUAAUUGUUUGCACCUUCGGACUUCGGGUAUUGUUGCUCUCUGUUUACGUGAGAAGGACCACGGAAGUGAGAGGGUGAAGGAAUAAGCCCUCUAACAAUGCUGUACAAAACAGGGUCUGAAGCAGAGGUUGCAUGAUAGGCUGCAUGGUGUAAUAGGCAAGGCACAGCAUGCCUAGGCAGUGGUG